AUGGGGUCGAUUUGCAUAGCAAUCCCAACGUCCACCGGAACCGCAUCAACGUCAACAGCUAUUCCGACUUCUACUGGAUCUGCAACAACAUCCACAGCUGUUCCAACUUCAAGCUCCACAGCUACAACAACACAAGGGACAACGUCUACUGCGAUUCCUACUUCCACAGAUACUGCCACCACCUCCACAGCGAUCCCAACUUCCACUUCGUCGACAACGCAAAAGCCGACCACUUCGACGGCAAUUCCUACCUCAACAGAUAUCACAACAUCCACAGCCGUUCCGACUUCAAGCUCCACAACUACAACAACACAAGGGACAACUUCCACUGCGAUUCCUACUUCCACAGAUACUGCCACCACCUCCACAGCGAUCCCAACUUCGUCAACAACGCAAACACCGACCACUUCGACGGCAAUUCCUACCUCCACAGAUAUCACAACAUCCACAGCUGUUCCAACUUCGAGCUCCACAUCUACAACAACCCAAGGAACAACCUCCACCGCGAUUCCAACUUCCACAGAUGUGACUACAUCUACCGCAAUUCCAACUUCAAGCUCGACAUCUACAACGACAUCGACUACAACACAAGGAACCACUUCCACUGCAGUACCUACAUCUACAGAUACUGCUACCACAUCUACAGCGAUUCCAACUUCCACAGAUGCUGAUAAUACAUCCUCAACCCCUCCAACUAAGCCUUCUGAAGUAACAGAAACCCCAACUACUUCCACGGCAAUCCCCACCUCGACAGAAAGCCAAACAACGUCUACAGCUAUUCCGACUUCUAGUUCCACCUCAACACAAACCGGAACUACUUCCACAGCUAUCCCCACGUCAAGCUCCACGUCAACUUCUACAGCAAUCCCCACGUCAAGUUCCACGACAACAGAGGCAACAACAUCAACAGCGAUCCCCACGUCAAGCUCUACCUCAACUUCCACAGCAAAUCCCACCUCUAGUUCCACGACAACAGAGGCAACAUCCACUGCGAUCCCCACGUCAAGUUCCACGACAUCAGAGGCAACAACAUCAACAGCGAUUCCCACGUCAAGCUCUACGUCAACUUCCACAGCAAUUCCCACCUCUAGUUCCACGACAACAGAGGCAACCACAUCCACAGCGAUUCCAACGUCAAGCUCUACGUCAACUUCCACAGCAAUUCCUACUUCAACGACAACAGAAGGAACCACCUCCACCGCGGUAGCAACAACAAGUUCCACUACUUCAGACACGACAACAUCCACGGCGGCCCCCACCUCUAGUUCCACAACAACAGAGUCGACAACUUCCACAGCGGUUGACACGUCAAGUUCAACGACAACAGAGGGAACCACCUCCACCGCCGUAGCAACAACAAGUUCCACGACUUCAGACACGACAACAUCCACGGCGGCCCCCACCCCUAGUUCCACAACGACAGAAUCGACAACUUCCACAGCGGUCAACACGUCAACAACAACAAGUUCCACGACGGCCCCCACCUCUAGUUCCACAACGACAGAGUCAACAACUUCCACAGCGGUUGACACGUCAAGUUCCACGACAACAGAAGGAACCACCUCCACCGCGGUAGCAACAACAAGUUCCACGACUUCAGACACGACAACAUCCACCGCAGACACCACCUCUAGUUCCACAACAACAGAGUCGACAACUUCCACAGCGGUCGACACGUCAAGUUCCACGACAACAGAAGGAACCACCUCCACUGCGGUAGCAACAACAAGUUCCACGACAACAUCCACGACGGCCCCCACCUCUAGUUCCACAACGACAGAGUCAACAACUUCCACAGCGGUUGACACUUCCACAACAACAGAGUCGACAACUUCCACAGCGGUUGACACGUCAAGUUCCACGACAACAGAAGGAACCACCUCCACCGCGGUAGCAACAACAAGUUCCACGACUUCAGACACGACAACAUCCACCGCAGACCCCACCUCUAGUUCCACAACAACAGAGUCGACAACUUCCACAGCGGUCGACACGUCAAGUUCCACGACAACAGAAGGAACCACCUCCACUGCGGUAGCAACAACAAGUUCCACGACAACAUCCACGACGGCCCCCACCUCUAGUUCCACAACGACAGAGUCAACAACUUCCACAGCGGUUGACACGUCAAGUUCCACGACAACAGAAGGAACCACCUCCACCGCGGUAGCAACAACAAGUUCCACGACUUCAGACACGACAACAUCCACGGCGGCCCCCACCUCUAGUUCCACAACGACAGAAUCGACAACUUCCACAGCGGUCGACACGUCAACAACAACAAGUUCCACGACAACAUCCACGACGGCCCCCACCUCUAGUUCCACAACGACAGAGUCAACAACUUCCACAGCGGUUGACACGUCAAGUUCCACGACAACAGAAGGAACCACCUCCACCGCGGUAGCAACAACAAGUUCCACGACUUCAGACACGACAACAUCCACCGCAGACACCACCUCUAGUUCCACAACAACAGAGUCGACAACUUCCACAGCGGUUGACACGUCAACAACAACAAGUUCCACGACAACAUCCACGACGGCCCCCACCUCUAGUUCCACAACGACAGAGUCAACAACUUCCACAGCGGUUGACACGUCAAGUUCCACGACAACAGAAGGAACCACCUCCACCGCGGUAGCAACAACAAGUUCCACGACUUCAGACACGACAACAUCCACCGCAGACACCACCUCUAGUUCCACAACAACAGAGUCGACAACUUCCACAGCGGUUGACACGUCAAGUUCCACGACAACAGAAGGGACCACCUCCACUGCGGUAGCAACAACAAGUUCCACGACAACAUCCACGACGGCCCCCACCUCUAGUUCCACAACAACAGAGUCGACAACUUCCACAGCGGUUGACACGUCAAGUUCCACGACAACAGAAGGAACCACCUCCACAGCGGUAGCCACGUCAAGUUCAACGACAACAGAAGGAACCACCUCCACUGCGGUAGCCACAACAAGUUCCACGACUACGGAGUCCGACACCACAUCGACGGCAGUUUCCAGCAGUUCAACAACUGAAAACACCCUUUACAAUGAGUUGAAGGUAUAA